GUUUUAUUUAAGUCGUUUAGAAAAUGAGUCAUGAAUGUGGAAUUAUUCAAUAAAUUUCGUUUUACACUAUACUUUUUGAAACUAUUUGGAGUUAAUUAUUUUUUGUUUCUUAAAAGCAACCCUGCGUGGUUGGAAGGCGAGUGGGUUAUAUUGUGGUUUUUUCUGUUGCGACUAGUACGAAGGAAAUCUGUUUUGUUGAAAAUAUAAAUUAUGCAUGCGGUCACCGCGAAUAUGAAGUGCUGUUUACUUCUGCUGCGACUUAUGUUAAUGCUGGAUGUGUUUUCUCUUGCGGAAUGUUUCUACGUGCCGGGAGUUGCGCCCGUUGAGUUUUCGACGGGACAAAAAAUCGAUGUGAAGGCGGUAAAAAUGACAAGUAGUCGGACCCAAUUGCCUUACCAGUAUUAUUCCCUUCAAUUUUGUUUGCCGAAAAACGGCACUUUAAUAUACAAAUCGGAAAAUUUGGGAGAAGUUUUACGUGGGGAUCGAAUUGUAAAUACGCCUUAUGAAGUGCGUAUGGCUGAAAAUAUUAACUGCAAGUUGCUAUGCAAUAAGAAGGAUCAACCUAUGAAUUGGGAUAAAUAUCAGUCUGCAAUAGUUGCCGAGCGAAUAGAGCACGAAUAUUUCGUUCAUUUACUUGUGGACAAUUUACCAGUUGCGACUAGAAUAGUAAAUGUUAAUAAUCCUAAUAAUCCCAAUGAAGUAACUUAUGAACACGGCUACCGACUAGGACAAGUUGAAGGUGACAAUAUUUAUAUAAACAAUCAUCUGAAGUUUAUUCUUUCAUAUCACAUGCAUGCGAAAAACAAAUACCGUGUGGUCGGUUUCGAGGUGGAAACUGCUUCAGUCAACUACAAAGAAAUCAAGUUUGAAGGGGAUUCUUGCAACUUUCCAGACAAUUCAAGGCCCCAAUUGGUGAACCCUAUUGCAAGCACCCAGCUAUAUUUUACCUAUUCCGUCGAAUGGAAGGAAUCUAAAGUAAGCUGGGCUUCCCGAUGGGAUACGUAUCUGGGUAUGAGGGACGUGCAAAUUCAUUGGUUUAGCAUCAUAAACUCGCUUGUGGUUGUAUUUUUCCUUUCCGGCAUAUUAACUAUGAUCAUGAUACGAACACUUCGUCGAGAUAUCGCACGUUACAACACAGAUGACAAUAUUGAGGACACAUUGGAAGAAACAGGAUGGAAGCUAGUACAUGGUGAUGUUUUUCGUCCUCCCAAAAACACCCGUCUAUUUUCUGCAGUUAUUGGAAGCGGAAUACAAAUAUUUUUUAUGGCGCUAAUAACAAUAUGUAAAUAUAUUUCAAAGACGACUAUUAGUUUUUAAAGGUUACCCGAUCCUUAUCCAUCCGAAGUGAAAAUUCCAGGGUUCAAAAUUUUUUUCGUGUAUGAGCACUGAAAUAUCAACAUUUAUGAUA